UCUAGCCAAUGCCCCAUUUCUAACCAAUGCUUUAUGGAGCAUUCUAUUUGACUCUAAAAUUCUAGCCAAUAAGCAACAAAUCUCCUUGUAAUUUAGUCAUAUAAAUACCAACUCUCAGAGUUGGAGUGUAUCAAUCAAUCAUCUCUACUCUUUGCUUAAUGGGUGCUCUUAAUUAUCUUUCCAACUUUUGCACUGUCACUAGAACAAGGACCAGGAGGAAAACAAUGCAGAAAGUUGAGAUCAAAGUCAAAAUGGAUUGUGAUGGCUGUGAAAGAAAAGUUAAGAAGGCUGUUUCGACCAUGAAAGGUGUAGAAAGUGUGGAGGUGAACCGAAAACAAAGUCGGGUAAUUGUAAACGGGUAUGUGGAAGCAAACAGGGUUUUGAAGAGAGUUAAGAGUACGGGCAAAAGAGCUGAAAUUUGGCCAUACAUCCCUCAACAUCUUGUCCAUUAUCCACACGCCUCCGGAGCCUACGACAAAAGGGCACCACCAGGUCACGUUAAGAAUACAUUUGCUUUUCCGGCCUCUGAUGCAUCUGACAACAACAUUGUCUCAUUUUUCAGUGAUGACAAUGUUAAUGCUUGUUCUAUAAUGUAGAAUCUUACAAAAUCAAUCAACUUGCCUUUAAUUUC